GCGUUAGUCGGGACUUUCCAGGGAUAGACCUAGACACGGAAACGAAUUCUGGUUUACCUUCCAACGGAAAACAUACAAUUAUCUUUGUCUUUUAAACGUUUAAAUGUUUCAGUGAGUUCUCAAAGUAUGACUUCGGAAAACGAAAUCCAUAAUUAUUGUCCGUUAAAAGAAAAUACCGUGCCGACAAACGAAAAGUUGGGAAAGCUCUAUGUUUUUGUUUUGUUUUUGAGUAUCGUUUUUGGAGUGGAAGUAAUCGUUUCUGGAAUUCUUGUAUACAACUUGUCAAAAGAGAUAAGUAAGGCUCAAGAAGUCGCCAGGCUCGGGGAAUACCCUUUGCAUUGUUUGCACCAGCUGGUGGAUCCUGGAUAUCAGAAAAAUGCAUCUCUCAGUUCAGGAGAACAUACAGGCUGUGAGGUGUGGAUAGCAGAACUGGAUAAUAGCGUGCACAAGCAAAUUUUAUCUGACAUACGGAAUGGCCUGUAUUUGGAGUUAAAUGCCAACAAUGUAACUUUACUUCAUUCCAACAAACCUGCCAUUCACAUGGGAGCAGAGCAGGAACUGAGGCAACCUACCCGCUGGGUAAAAAACGGUGGGACAGAGAAUAUGAUGGGCACAACAGAAAUUCUCAACUGGGAUAAUAUUAACGGACCAGCUAUACAGCAAGGCAUGAUGGGAUACGUCGAUGGAGAGAUUGUUAUACCCCGUGAAGGUCUUUACUUUGUCUACUCACAGGUAUAUUUCCAAAUACUUUCUUCAGAACAAGAAAGAGAGUCCCAGCAGUUUGGGCAGCAUUUAUACAGGAGAAGGGGAUCUUCUCUGAAGCCAGUGUUACUGUCUAGGGCCACUGUGACUAAGUGCUGGCAUAGCGGGCACCACUUUGCCUUGUUCUCCAGCCAUCAAGGCGCUCUGUUCCACCUGCAGCAAGGUGACACAUUGUCCCUCCGGGUUCUUGACAUCCAGUCAGUACGACUGCAAGAGGAUACAACUUUUUUUGGAGCUUUUAAAAUUAACUAAAAUAUCUCAUACGAUUCAUAAACAUUUUUAGUAUGUUAUAUGUACAUAUUUAAGUAGACAUUUUGCAUUUAUUAUGUCUGCUCAAAGCAUUUAUAUCAUAGGAAGGAUAUGAAUAGGGGUGGCACUGUUCCCUCACACCUCUGGGACCAGGGUUCAAGUCUCUGCCAUGGAUCCAUGUGUAUCCCCAAGGCUUCUGCAGCUGAAGCAGUGCUGGGUUUAAUGAUGAAAUUAAAAUGGAGUUAUGUGUUUGGGGGUGGCAUGGUGGUGCAGUGAUUAGCACUGUUCCCUCACACCUCUGGGACCUGGGUUUGAGUCUCCGCCAUGGCUCCAUGUGUGUGGAGUUUGCAUGUCGUCAUUGUGGGGUUGUCUCUGGGUACAGUCCAAAAAUAUGCUGAGAUUAACUGGAGUUAUCAAAUUGCCCGUAAGUGUGAGUAAAUGGUGUGUGAG